UAUUUGGUACAAGGGUCCAGGCCGGCCAGCCCCCUUUAGGAACACGCCCCUUUCCAAUGCCUGCCUGCCUGCUUGCUCUUUGGACUUGCCAAGUGCCCGUCAGCCCCCCGUCAAAAAAAGUUGCGCGUCUGCGCAACGGAGAAGGAAAGGGUGCGCGGGGUGGCGAAUGAGUGAGGGAAGCUGCAGAGACGGCGGAGGCGCCGGUGCUUUCGGGGACGAGAGAACGAACUUCGGUUUGUGUUAAAGUAUUUGAACCUAUAUUGUGUAUACCAGAAGAUCCCCAGAGGAAAACAUGUCUUAUUUACUCAAAGAAUUUCUAAAAUGUGGUUUUGCCUGCCAAAUGCAUAGAGUAGGAACAUUAUUAAUUGGAAAACAUAUGCUGAAAAAUUCCAAAGCCUUCAGUGGACAACAACUGAACACUUCACGAGCUUUAUCUCAAGUUAGUGCCAAGAAUGUGGACUCUUUCAGUUAUGUAAUUGUUGGAGCUGGAUCUGCAGGAUGUGUAUUAGCCAACCGGUUGACAGAAGAUCCUCACAGCACUGUUAAACUCCUGGAAGCUGGGCCAAAAGAUACCAUUUUGGAUAGCAAGCAAUUGCUGUGGAAGAUCCAUAUGCCCGCUGCACUAACCUACAACCUAUGUGAUGAGAAAUAUAACUGGUAUUACCACACAACACCACAGAAGCACAUGGAUAAUCGAAUUAUGUAUUGGCCCAGAGGAAGAGUGUGGGGGGGAUCAUCAUCCCUCAAUGCUAUGGUGUAUAUUCGGGGCCACGCAGAGGAUUACAAUAGGUGGAGCAAAGAAGGGGCUGUUGGAUGGGAUUAUGAGUUUUGUUUGCCGUAUUUUAAGAAAGCACAGACACAUGAGCUGGGUGCUGAUUUGUAUCGAGGUGGGAAUGGCCCACUUAAUGUAUCCAGGGGAAAAACAAAAAACCCUCUUCACCGUGCAUUUUUGGAUGCAGCUCAACAAGCUGGGUAUCCCUUCACAGAGGAUAUGAAUGGCUUUCAACAAGAAGGCUUUGGUUGGAUGGAUAUGACAAUACACAAAGGUCAAAGAUGGAGCACAGCUAGUGCUUACCUUCGUCCUGCAUUGCCACGCCCAAACUUGUCCGCAGAAGACAGUACACUUGUUACAAAAAUUUUGUUUGAAGGGACCAAAGCCAUUGGCAUUGAGUAUGUUAAAAAUGGAGAAAAGAAAAAGGUUUUUGCUAGUAAAGAAGUUAUUUUAAGUGGAGGUGCGAUAAAUUCCCCACAGUUACUUAUGCUGUCUGGAGUUGGAAAUGCAGAUGACCUAAAAAAAUUAGGAAUUCCUGUUGUCUGCAACCUUUCAGGAGUUGGCCAGAAUCUUCAAGAUCAUUUAGAAGUGUACGUACAACAGAAAUGCACUCAACCUAUAACAUUGUAUAAAGCACAAAAGCCUCUUCAGAUGGUCAAGAUUGGGCUUGAAUGGUUCUGGAAAUGUACAGGUGACGGAGCCACUGCUCAUCUAGAGUCUGGGGGAUUUAUCAGAAGUCGACCUGGAGUUUCUCAUCCAGAUAUUCAGUUCCAUUUCCUCCCUUCUCAGGUGAUUGAUCAUGGACGUGUUGCUUCUCAACUGGAAGCUUACCAAGUUCAUGUUGGACCUAUGCGAAGUACAAGUGUAGGAUGGCUAAAGCUGAAAAGUACAGACCCAAGAGAGCAUCCUGUCCUUGAGCCCAACUAUUUGUCAACAGAAAUAGAUGUCUGGGAAUUUCGUCAGUGUGUGAAGCUAGCAAGAGAGAUAUUUGCUCAGGAAGCCUUUGAAAAAUUCCGUGGACCUGAAAUUCAACCAGGAAGCCAUGUUCAGUCUGAUGGAGAAAUAGAUGCCUUCAUAAGACAAAAAGCUGAUAGUGCCUACCAUCCUUCGUGCACUUGUAAAAUGGGACAGAGUUCUGAUCCCACUGCUGUGGUUGAUCCCCAGACCAAAGUUAUAGGGACAGAAAACCUGAGAGUUGUUGAUGCCUCAAUAAUGCCUAGUAUCGUAAGUGGAAAUUUAAAUGCCCCAACCAUCAUGGUAGCAGAGAAAGCUGCUGAUAUAAUCAAAGGACUACCAUCGCUUCAAGAGAAAAAUGUUCCUGUAUAUAAACCCAAAACUUUGGAAACUCAGCGAUGAAAUAGCUAUGAUGUUCUCUGCAGAAUGUAUUCUAAUAAUAAUUGAAAAUCAACUUUCUAUUUCAGUCAAACAAAGAGAUUUGGUGUGUAAUGAAAAUUGUUCAGAAAAUAGAUGCACCCUCAAGUAAGAACAGGUAAAGUUAUCUAAGAAACUGCUUGAUAACAGCAUGGCUGAUAUGCAUAGAUAUUUAUUACUUCAUGUAGUAGGAUCUUAUGAUGGGAUUGACUUAAGAUCUUGAUUAGUUAGGAUGUAGUUUGUGGGCUUACAGAAGAAUUUCCCUACACUAUAACAUGGAUAUUAUAUCAGAUUUUCUCAGGGCUAUACAAAAUAUAGAAGACUGAGCCUACACAUUAAAGAGGACUGGUUGAUCUAAUACUUAAGAGUACACUUCAGAAAAAUGAAGCCACAACAAAGUUCCACUGAAAGCUUUGUUUUGGGAUUUAUCUUAACUGGAACAAUUGGCACCAACUAAAUUUGUUGAGUUGUGACUAAAGUUAUGAAACCCCCCCCAAAAAAUAAUUUUUUGUAGGACCAUUUGUCCCCUAUAAAAGCAAUUAAUGAGUUCAACAAGUGCACAGAAUAAUAGUAUGGAUAAACAAAAAAGGAGACUAUCUCUAGCUGUCAACGGCUUCUGUUACUCUUAAUAAAUUACAAGUACAGCAAGUUACAUAAUGGUUGCCUAUGAAGCAUUAGAUGUCAACUUGGAUGUUGAGGACAUGGUUGUUGUACAGCCUAAGUUUAGCUGAACCUUCUUGUGCUUAUAGUAGCAGGCCCACACGUUCAGGUUUCUGUGUGCAAUUUAGUGAAUAAUUUAGUCGUUCAGUCAUUUGUAUAGGAACUAAAAUAUUCACUGCGCCCAGGAGUACUGUUUCCCUGGGGAGGGAGUUCCAGGGCCAUAGAAAGCACCUGAUCUUCCUCUCUGAGGACAAGGAGGCUGCUCUGACCUUUAAAGAGGAAGAGCGGAUGCUGGAUUGCCCUUUUUGUCACCGUGACGGGCUUCCACAGCUGUCGCCCAACUUAUGGGAUCGCUCUGGUAUUAGUAGGGCUGAAAAGAGGGGCGUCAGGGGAAGACUGGAUUCAUAAUCAAAAGGAGGCAGACCCUUUCCAGUUUCCCAACACAUCCCUAAAUUAAUGUUGCCUCUCUUUUCAGCCUUACCAAGCUUGGAGACCUUUUAGGCAACAAGUGACUAAUACAGUGGUACCUUGGAUUACAACCGUUUUGGAUUAUAACCACGUCAAACCCAGAAGUGUGUGUCUCUCUCUUUGAAUUACAACCCAUUU